CGGCACUUAAACGGCGCUGGGAACGAUUCUCCUCGGGAGCGCAGAGGGAGAUCGCGGCUUGCAAACGCCGGUUUUAUAAUUGAUCAGCGUGAACAUGAAGCUCUUGAAGCCGAGUUGGGUCAAUCACAAUGGUAAACCAAUAUUCUCAGUUGACAUCCAUCCAGAUGGAACUAAGUUUGCUACAGGUGGCCAAGGUGAGGACUCUGGGAAAGUGGUCAUUUGGAAUAUGGCCCCGGUUCUUCGAGAGGAAGAUGAGAGGAACGAGAAUAUUCCCAAAUUGCUUUGUCAGAUGGACAAUCACUUAGCAUGUGUGAAUUGCGUGCGCUGGUCAAAUAAUGGCUUAUACCUGGCAUCAGGAGGAGACGACAAACUGGUCAUGGUGUGGAAGAGAGCUGCUUUCAUAGGUCCAAGCACAGUGUUUGGGUCCAGCAGUAAACUGGCUAAUGUGGAACAGUGGAGGUGCGUCAUGAUUCUGAGGAACCACACGGGAGAUGUAAUGGAUGUCGCCUGGUCACCUCAUGAUGUCUGGCUCGCAUCCUGCAGUGUGGAUAACACCAUCGUUAUAUGGAACGCUCGAAAAUUUCCAGAGAUUGUGAUGACUUUAAAGGGACACACAGGGCUGGUGAAAGGCCUGACGUGGGACCCUGUUGGAAAGUACAUCGCUUCCCAGGCUGAUGACCGUAGCCUGAAGGUCUGGAGGACCAUGGACUGGCAGCUGGAGACAAACAUCACCAAACCCUUCAGUGAAUGUGGCGGCACUACACACGUCCUGAGGCUGAGCUGGUCUCCAGAUGGUCAGUACCUAGUUUCAGCUCAUGCCAUGAAUAAUUCUGGGCCCACAGCUCAGAUCAUCGAACGCGACGGCUGGAAGACCAACAUGGACUUUGUGGGUCAUCGAAAAGCUGUUACUGUGGUGAAGUUCAAUCCUAAGAUCUUUAAGAAGAAACAGAAGAAUGGUAGUACACCCAAACCCAGCUGUCCGUACUGCUGCUGUGCUGUGGGUAGUAAGGACCGCUCACUCUCUGUAUGGCUCACCUCACUCAAGCGCCCACUGGUGGUCAUCCAUGACCUCUUUGAUAAAUCCAUUAUGGAUAUUACAUGGACACUCAAUGGGCUGGGACUCCUGGUGUGCUCCAUGGAUGGCACUGUGGCUUUCUUGGAUUUCUCACAGGAUGAACUGGGAGAUCCCUUGAAUGAAGAGGAAAAGAAUGCUAUUCAUCAGAACAUCUAUGGAAAGAGUCUGGCCAUCACGAUGGAGUCCCAACUUUCCAGCACAAUCAUUGAGAACCCAGAAAUGCUGAAGUAUCAGCAGGAGCGGCAGGGGAACCAGAACCCCAAUGAAGCCCAGGGAAUCGGUCCUGAGAACCAGACACCCAAACUCACCAAUGUGCUCAACGGAGAGUCCCUGGAGGACAUCAGAAAGAACCUCUUAAAGAAGCAGGUGGAGACCAGAACCGCAGAUGGGAGGAGAAGAAUCACACCUCUCUGCAUCGCACAGCUCGACACGGCGGACUUCUUACCAGCGUUGUUCAACAGCGUCCCAAUCUUGCCGGGGUCGUCUGCAUCGACUCAGCUCACCCCUCAGAUCUCUUCGGAUUCUAGUACGGCCAACUCGCUUGGCUUGCGACCCUCACAUGACCCCACCACCACCUCUCCCAACAAAACUGCGGAAGACAACAAGGACAGUGGAACUGCAGCUGUGAACUCGAUCGGGAUGAAAUCGAAUCUGCUGUUGACAUCUGCCUCCAAGAUCGAGCCCAUGAAAGCGCUGGAUUCGCGAUUUACCGAAAGGUCAAAGGCCAUGCCAGGGGUCACUAGUGUACCCCUCACUAUAGGCAUCACCCCACUUGACAGGGUAAAAGACAGCAGCUCUGUGAAGGAGCCGAAAGGAAAAGAUGAGACCAGCAGCGACAGUGAGGACAAGAUCAUGGUGAAAUCUAUUGCCAAGAGGAAGGGAGAGAUGGAGGGAGCAGAGGUGGUAGAGAAGAGGAAGAAGGGAAGGCCGAGGAAAGAUGCCAAAACGAUGCCCUUCCCACAGACUCCAGUCGAGCCGUCUCGAUUAACAACACCUAUAGCGGUGUUAAAACUUCCUACCCCAUCCAUACAGAAAUCAUUCAGCACUCAGGUGAGCACAGAUGGAGUCACGUAUCUGGAGGUGGAGAACGAGGUCUCUGUGGUGUCUGGAUCUCGUCUCAGUCAGCUCAAAUGGAGCAGAGAGGGGCGAGAGUGGGACGUGCUGCUGCCCAGUCGCAUCAUCAUCGCAGCUGGCAGCAGCAAUGUUGUUGCUGUAGCUUGUGAGGACCGCACACUCUCUGUCUUCACUGCGUGUGGACGGAGACUGAUUCCAUCCAUCAUUCUGCCCGUCCCCAUGUCAGCACUUCAUUGCUCGGGACACUUUGUCAUGGCGCUGACCGCAUCAGCCAUGCUGUCUGUCUGGGAUGUUCAGAAACAGACGGCUUUGGUCAAAAAUGAAUCUCUGAAUCCAAUCUUAUCAGGCACAGAUGCCACAGUAAGUCAGUCUUUUUUGACUCAGCAAGGUGUAGCUGUGGUGUCGCUGUCAAAUGGAAAAACAUACUGCUUUAACUCGUCGCUGGAGACCUGGAAUUUGAUCGCAGAUAAGCAGGACUCUCUUGUACAGUGCACAGACUUCCGCAAUUGCGUGUCCGCUCAGGAUGCUCUGGGCUCCAUGGGGCCACUGGCCCUAACACAGGGCCGUAAUCUAAGUGCGGGGCGGUUGGCAUCUCGCUUGUCAUCGACUCCUCACCACUUGCAGCAGGGAAUGACUCUGGCCUUCCUGGAGAAGCAGCUCUCCUCCGCCCUCAUCCUCCUCUCAGCAAGCGAGUACAGGCACUGGCUUCUAAUCUACGCACGUUUCCUCGUAAAUGAGGGUGAGUGA